AUGUUAGAUGUAAAAGGACAAGUAUCUAAAACCGUACCACAAAUCAAAAGUUUAAUUAUAAAUAAUAAAGAAUUUUGCCGGAACCCAUCUUUGAGACACAUCGACAGUGGGUCUUGGGAGAAUAAUAACUAUGCACAAAGCGUCAAGUCUAUAGAGUCCUGUGGAAGACGGAAAGUAGCAACCACUAAGUUUUUACAAAAUGCUACUUCCACAAAACCAGGUGACUGGCCAUGGCACACAGCUAUAUAUCAGCACGACAACACAGAAAUUAAGUAUAUCUGCGGUGGAACUCUCAUAUCAAAUAACUUUGUACUAACAGCUGCACAAUGCACAUCUCUCGAAGGUACACCACUUGUGCCAGAGACCCUGAGUGUGUUCCUUGGAAAAUUUAAUUUGGUUGGAGGAGACGAAGGAUCUCAACAAAGAGUAGUACAGAAAAUAUUUAUCCAUGAAAAAUUCGGGUACCAGAAUUUAGACAAUGAUGUCUCAUUACUGAAAUUAAAGAGCAACGUAGUAUUCAGUGAUUUGAUACAACCUGCAUGCUUAUGGUACAAUAAGGCGUUAGACAAAACACCUGUUGGUGAAGUUUUUGGAACACUAGUAGGCUGGGGUUUCGACACUACUGACUCUUGGUCACCCCAUCUCCAACAAAUACAGCUCCCCAUGGUUACUGAAAGAACAUGCCUGAAAAGUAACCCUCGUGUGUUUUCUACUAUUCUCAACAGUAAUAAGUUUUGCGCUGGUUACGGAGUGCGAGAGGGAAAGACAGGCAGUGUCCAGGAAAUAGGUGCACCAAAUUGUAAUGGCGACAGCGGCAGUGCCUUCCAAAUCUUCAUUCCGGAUGAUGUAACAGAUUCUAGUCCUUUAGCUCCCGGUGCGUGGUAUGUCAGAGGCAUAGUUUCGUUAACUGUCCCUCGACGCGAUUCACCAGCCUGUGAUCCCCAACAAUAUAUUGUAUUCACUGACGUGGAGAAAUACAAAGACUGGAUAGAUCGCCAUUUGAUAAAUUAAAAGUUAA